AUGGACCACUCGUCAAGUCCCUCCUCUACCCUACCCCCUUCGGUCCCCGUCGCCUGUCUCAACUGUCGCGAAAAGCAUCUCAAGUGCGAUGGUAAUCUGACGGGAUGUACCCGGUGCAAAGACCUAAGUCUCUUUUGCCACUUUGUACCCAGUCGCCGAGGGAGGCGAGGACGGCCUUGGCCCUACUCAGGUGCAAUAGGAGACUACCCUCCACUGCCUGUCGAGCCCACGGGCAAUGCAAUGAUGAGUCCUUUAGAUUCCUUAGCAUGUGCUGCUCCAGAUGGGAAUGUGAUCUGUUCUUCGCUCCCCUCUCCGAUGGAUAACCAGCUGGUUCCGUUGUUUUUCCUUCACUUCCAUCAAGCGCACCCAUUCUUGCCGCCUCGCGACGCAUUCCUUCGUUCUUCUCCCCCCAGCUACUUGCUGGAUGUGGUACAGUUCAUCAGCCUACAUUACCUCCCACCGAGUAAUGUUCCAGACCACACGCAUCAGCUAAGAACAGCCGUUCAGGAGGCAGAUGCCAGUCUCGAAAAGGUACAGGCACUUUUGCUUCUGUCUAUCAUCAUGCAUGCACGAACCCAACCACGAGAGGCAAAAGAAUGCCUUGGACAGGCGAUUGCUUUGAGUCUAGAGCUUGGCCUUCACUGUCGUGAAUUUUCCGACGCUAUGGAGAUCCAGAAUCCUGUGGGGGCUGAGAGUGCCCGGCGGACGUGGUGGGAGAUCUUCAUUAUCGACACCCUUCUCGCGGCUGUACAAGUCGACGGCGCUUUACAGCUGACGAUAGAGACACCGGGCCUUCCCCUGCCUUGUGAAAUGGACGAAUACCAGGAUGGCCGCUUGGGAAUCGUUCCAACCUCUCUUCGCGAUAUGGACCGUCAAGCCCUGUUUCACAAUGACGGCGAUUUCUCAUCCGCCGCAUAUAGGGUUGAAGCAGCCACGAUCCUUCGAAGGUGCCUGAUAGCGAGCGGUAAUCAUGUCUCCCAUGAAACUAUUAAUAUUCUCGACGUUACCAUCUCGGCCUGGUUUCACCGUUUGCCUAGUGGCAAGCAGGCUAUGUUGCAUCAUAACGGUGACGUGGAUCAAAUGAUCUUUCAAUCUUUCAUGAUAAUGCACUGCGCUUCAAUAUACUUACACUUUCCGAAAUCAUAUCUGCUCGCCUUCCUGCCCGUGACCAGCCACAUCUUUUGUUCUCGACCCCCCACCUUCACGUCCAGCUCAGCAAAUCCUCAAAUACACACAGCCAAAGUAUACGGUGCGGCGGUUAACCUAUCUAAGCUGGCAUCCUUAACGACCACCGUGACUAGUCAUAGCCCCUUUUUUGUCUGCACGCUAGUUCUAAGCUCCAUCGUCCAACUAGCCAUCUUUACAGCUGACCCCCAGCAGUCGACUCGCACAGGCCGCAACUUCCUAGCGCUAAAUAUCGGCGUCCUGAAGUCCAUGGGGCAUGUGUGGGCGAUUGCAGCGGCUUCGAUGGCACGGAUGCGCGACGUGGCUAUCGAGGUGGAGUCGGCGCUUGCCAGAGAGAGCAGAGGCUUGUUAGAUGAUCAGUUAACCCAGUCCGUUUUAGUCGACUCUCAAGAAUUGGACCUAACACUCCUAUGA